CCCUCCCACUCUCAGUCAAACCCCCCCCCCCCCUCCCGAGUCGCCGUGUCGCUGUCACAUUUCACCAUCUUCACUCAUCUGUACGUGCGUUUUGUUACCGCUCUCUCCGCCCCCUCAUUCUCAUUCUUGUUUGCUCGCCUUGCUAUACUAUGCUGCUGCACUCCACUGCAUUAUGGCCCUAUCGAUACCACACCGACCCUAUCCUCUUCUUCACAUUCACCUUCACCCUUACCUUGUAACCCCACCGCUUAAACAAGGGCGGUCAAUUAAGCACCGGGUCAUCGACUCUAACUGCUUCGCCUCGCCUUCGCUUGCUUGCCUCUCCCUCCGCCCUCCCCUCCCGUCCUAUCCUCCACACCCCUCAUCGUUGUCGACAUCCUUCCCUGUUGCCAACACCUCACUCGCCGAUUUCAUCUUUUUGGCUCGACUCGAUUCUGACCCCAUCCAUCCCAUCCUCUCUCCACCCCCCCACCCCCACCUGGCUAGAAACCAAGGGAGACUCUCACUCCCCUGGGAGAGCCCCAAGCAAGCAAGACUUCAGCAGGUCCUGUGGCGUGCGCGCGCGCGCGGGGCUCCCCAUCCUCACUUCACCGAGGCAUGGCAGGCAGUCAGAAGGCAAAAACCAACUAGACUUUUCUUCUCCGCCAAAACAAUACGCAAAGUUCUUACUUUUCCACCCACUAGGAGGUCCGAGAGUGGGAUGUGAUUAAGCUCACCCCGGUUCUUGUCACUGACUGAUCGUAUAUGCACGCCUGACUCUCUGUCUCUCUCAUCUGACG